AUCGCUGCGAAGAGCUCGGCCGGUCCGGCUCCGACAUGCCAUACGAGGCUUGCGGUGUGCACCAUUCGCGCUCGAGCCGACGGUAGAAGCAGGUCCGGAAGAUUCGCCGCUUCUUCCGCAGCAGCCGCAUCCAGCACCUCGCUCAUCCCCGUAGCGGCAGCCCUCGCCUCGGACUCGACCGAGCCGUCGCUCUCGCAGCUCGCCACACCCGAUGCCGUCGCCACCAUCGCAGAUGCGACGGCGACAGUCGCGGGGGGCGAGGGGUUGGACAUUGGAUUCAGUUUCAACGACCUAGACCUGGGCCUGGACGCCUCCUCUCCUGCCACCACUGACGCUGCAACCACCACAGCUGCUGACGCUGCUGCUGAUGCUGCCGCUGAUGCAGCAGAUGUCGUUUCAUCUGCAGCAGAUGCUGUGUCUGCGGCUGCCGAUAGUAUCGCAGUGCCGGACGAGGUGCUUGACCUUCCCACCAGCACGGCCCUUCCAGACCUGCCCGACCUGCCCAAGUUCUCGUAUCCCACCAGGGAUGUCGCCCCUUCGUUUGAGAAACCAGGAUUCAGCAUGCCCGAAUUUAAGAAGCCCGAGUUUACUAUGCCCGAGUUUAAGAAGCCUGAUUUUGAGUUUAGCUUGCCUGAGUUUAAGAAGCCCGAGUUUAGCAUACCAGACUUCCAGAAUCGAGAAUUUAGCCUGCCCCAAUUUUCCCUGCCCGAAUUUAAGAAGCCGGACUUUGCGCUGCCCGAUUUUAAGAAGCCCGACCUUGCUCUGCCCGAGUUCAAGAAACCCGAGUUUUCCCUACCCGAAAACCUUUCAGACCUGAAGGCGCCUUCCUUCUCCCUGCCCGAAUUUGCCAAGCCAGAAUUCAAACUGCCCGAUUCGUCCGAGCUCCCUCUCCCUAAAACCGACUUCAAGCUGCCCGACUUCCCCACCCCAGAGUUCAACCUGCCCGAAAUCCCGCUUCCAUCCUUUCCCAUCCCGAGCCUCCCCUCCCCCUCGGGCCUCCCCGUGCCGAAGCUAACCGUGCCUCGGGCGAUCUCCGAGCCUGUGGAAAACGCGGUAGCGGCGGCGACCGCGUCGGUUGCGGACUCGGCGGCAGCGGCGGCGGCGGUGGCGCAGCGGGAGUACCUGGCGGUGUACUCGGCGCUGCGCGAGAGCGUGCCUGCGGACGCGCUGCCGCUGGUGGAGAAGGUGGAGGCCAACCUCGCUUCGCUGUGGGACGCUGCUAGCGGACUUACGAAAGAGGUGGCGGUGCAGGUGGCGGUGCUAUCAGCAGCGGCGGUGAAGGCAGCGUUUGGGGCGGCGGGCUUUGAUGCGGACGACACAGUCGUGGCCGCCACUCUCAUCACCACUGGCACACUGCUGCUCGGAGUGGCUUACUGGAGGGCGGCGUACGGGGGGUAUUCGGGCAACCUGUCAGCGGAGGAGGCACUGGAGGUGCUCAAGGAGAGCAAGGCCGUGCUCGUUGACAUCCGCCCUGAGUUUCUGAGGGACGAGAACGGCAUCCCGGACCUUCGCAGGGGGGCGCGCUUCAAGGACUGCAGCGUCAAGUUCGAAAAGCUGGACGGCCCUCUGAGGGGACAGGUGCGCAGCCCAGACGUGGUGGACCUGCAGCUCAUGGCGGCUAAGAUCAAGGGCGUGAGAGGCGUGCAGAAGGACACGCAGGUGAUUAUAAUGGACGAGAGCGGUGGCAACCUCGCAAAGGAGAUCGCCAGAGGACUCUCCAGAGUGGGCUUUAAGCGCUCGUUCGUGAUGGUCGGCGGAUUUGACUCGUGGGUGGCCAGUGGGCUGCGAGUGAAGCCCAACGAGCCUGAGCGAGCAGCUGAAGUGCUCAAGAAGGAGUACGAGGCGUUUGUGGAGGACGUGCAGCCCACGCCCCUGGGAGUGGCCACCGUGGUGCUCGGCACUGGAGUCGGCAUCUUCGCCCUCAUUGAGUGGGAGCGGUCGCUGCAGCUGCUGGGAGUGCUGGCAGUGGUGCAGCUGAUCUACCUGCGCGUCAAGACGUACGAGACUGAGGAAGACCUUCAGCGGGACGUGCGAGCACUGCUCACGCCCUUCUCUCUUGCAGCCUCAGCAGCAGGGUGGGCCCUCGGCACCUCCUCUUCUGCCUCUGCAGCACCCAAGGCCGCCAAGCAGCUCACAGAUGGAGAGGGUGAGGGGGGGAGCGAGAGCAAGGCCCCUGAGGCUUCCAGUGCACCUGCUGCUGCUGCCACCUCAGCUGCUGAUGUGGCGGUUCAGACUGACAACGGCAGUCUCGCUGUUGCACCUGAAGCAGCUGCACCAGCAGCAGCAGAGGCAUCAGCAGCAGCAGAGGCACCAGCAGCAGCAGAGGCAUCAGCAGCAGCAGAGGCACCAGCAGCAGCAGAGGCAUCAGCAGCAGCAGAGGCACCGGCAGUGGAACCAUCAUCAGCAGUGUUGGAAGCAGCAGCAGAAGCGCCAGCAGCAGCAGCAGCAGCAGCAGCGAGAGCAGAAACAAUUGAUGCUAGCCUUGAUGAAGCUAGGAGCGCAACGGUGACAGAAACGCCAACUGAGAGCAGCGCACCCUCUUCUGAUGUGCCUGCCCCUGCCCCUGCUGCUGCUGCUGCUGCUGCUGCUGCUGCAGAGUCAGCUGUUGAGUCACCAGCCUCCCCUUCCACCCCGGCAGCGAUUGAGGCAGCACCUGCACCACCCUCGCCCCCCAAGCCCACCCCCAGCACCGCCACCAGCACCGCCACAUCGUCCGUUGACAACGCAUAG